UGCAGUUCCAUAGCGUUUUCUUAUAAGUAGUACGUAGCUGAGCCAAGGUGUAUUUUUGAGUUUAGUUACAGAAGUUUUCAGCUAGUCAUAAAAAUAUUAGCAGAAAGAAUGGAUGAUUCGACGACAUCAAGUGAUCUUGAGCUGCCGGGGUUCAGGUUCCACCCAACGGAGGAGGAGCUUCUUGAUUUCUACCUCAAAAGCACGGUACUCGGCAAGAAGUUGCACUGCGAUAUAAUUGGUCGUCUCAACAUCUAUGAUCACGAUCCCUGGGACUUGCCAGGGCUGGCGAAAAUUGGGGAGAGAGAAUGGUACUUUUUCGUGCCUCGCGACAGAAAGCAUGGGAGCGGAGGCGGCGGAAGACCCAAUCGGACCACCAAAAGGGGAUUUUGGAAGGCAACGGGAUCAGACCGUAAAAUCCUGAGCUUAUCCAACCCUAAGAAGAUGAUCGGGCUGAAGAAAACGCUGGUUUUCUACACAGGCAGAGCACCCCGAGGAUGCAAGACUGAUUGGGUCAUGAACGAGUAUCGCCUGCCUGAUUAUCAUGAUCGUGAUCAUCGCACUUGCCAUUCUCUUUCCGGCACCCCCAACCAGGCGGUGGUUUUGUGCAAAAUAUACAGGAAAGCAACUUCACUGAGGGUGUUGGAGCAGAGAGCUGGUGUCGAUCAACAACAACCAGAAGAAGCCAAGGCGUUGUCGAUCCCCGUCCUCCUCCACCACCACCACCAUACUAGUAGUACUGAUUAUUAUUACUAUGCUUCCGGCCGGGAUCCCUCCUCAUCCCCACCAUUAAUAGACGACGCUGCCUCAAUUUGCAAUAAUAUCCAGCAACACGACCUCCCAAUGCCCUACCAUCAUCAUCCUCUGGCCUUCAAAAAGGAAGACGAAGAGCUAUCAUCCGGAUUAGACAAGAAACACGUUGCUAUUACUCCUGCUAGUCCUGCUAGUACUGCUGAUGACGACGAGGAAGACGACGACGACGACCACGAUUCCCUUGAAUGCAAGGGCAAGUCCAGGACUUGCACAAAUAAUCUACGGUUGCCAUCAACAACAACAACGGGGAAAUCUGGAAACAAGUUGGCAGAACUUCAGGUACCAUCCAGAUUGAGCAUGGACUGGAUGCAGGAUCCUUUCUGGGCUCAAUUACGUAGCCCCUGGCUUGACAACUUGGCCACCCCUAAUUACCAUGCUAAUGUGCUCAACUUCUGAAGAUGAAGAUCAAUACCUGCCGGUUGGUGUUGAGACGAUUGGAUUGGAUUUUUAUAUAGUUUGGGGGCUACAAAUUUACUAGUGGUGAUCAUGAUCAACAACAGACUCGUCUCGAUAGCCUGCUGCUCCCAGACUCAACCAAAAUGUCACAAAUUAAGGGUAAGGGUAGGCCAGCAAAUAAAAUGAAAAGAAGCCUCCAAAUGGGGCUGGGUUCCAUUUCACUAAUGCAACUUUGCCGAUAAUGGAUAGGGUAUUAUUUGAAAUAUUAUUUGUAAUAUUUUUUGUGAUAUAAUGUAUGUGAGAUAAAAAGGUA